ACCUCUCUCUCUUUCUCUCUCUCUCUCUCUCUCUCUCUCUCUUUUUCUUUCUCCUGGGGCGGUUGAAGCGCCCCCCUUGUUUGGUUCUCAGAGAGAGGGGUCCUUUGGGAAGAGUCACAAAGCGAUUUCCUCAGAGCUAGUACGGAGCUUCUAGAGCGCAGGACUCAGCGCUGAUCUGGACAUCACCCACGCCACGGCACGUCCCGCGGACCGCAGAGCUGCAGGCAGGGAGGGAAGAAGAGUCUGAAAGAUGAAGAAAGAAGUGUCAGACAAUGAUGACAUCUGAUCUCCCUUUUCUACUCGCUGACAGCUCAAACUGUGGAUCUCAACGAACCAGGAGUGACUUCUUGAGGCUCAAUCUGGUUCCCGUCAUUCUUUGAGCAGUUUAAUACAUCUUUGUAAAUGUUGGGACAAGUCGAAUCUCAGUAUUGUAAGAUUUAGUUUCCAAUCCCUGCUCAGGACGGGAGGCUGAGGAGUAAAGAGCAGCAGCUAGGAGCGCACCCACGUUGUCCGAGUGACGGAUCCACAGCAGAACAAGUGCGCAGCUGGGGUGGAUAAAGACCGGGUUUUCGGAGGUUUUGUUCAUGUUCGGGAUCCAGGAAAGCAUCCAGAGAAGCGGCAGCAGUCUGAAAGAAGAGCCGCUGGGAGGCAUGAACGUCCGGAGCUGGAUGCAGGGAGGCGGUGUGCUGGACGCCAACACGGCCGCUCAAAGUGGAGUGGGUCUGGCCCGGGCUCACUUUGAGAAGCAGCCGCCCUCCAACCUGCGGAAGUCCAACUUCUUCCACUUCGUCCUGGCUCUGUACGACCGGCAGGGCCAGCCGGUGGAGAUCGAGAGGACCAACUUUGUGGACUUCAUCGAGAAAGAGAAGGAGACGAGCGGAGAGAAGACCAAUAACGGGAUUCAUUACCGGCUUCAGCUUCUCUACAGUAACGGCAUCAGAACAGAGCAGGACUUUUAUGUCCGACUCAUAGACUCCAUGACUAAACAGGCAAUUGUGUAUGAAGGACAAGACAAGAACCCAGAGAUGUGUAGAGUGCUGCUGACACAUGAGAUCAUGUGCAGUCGGUGCUGUGACAAGAAGAGCUGCGGAAAUCGUAAUGAGACGCCCUCAGACCCUGUUAUCAUCGACAGAUUUUUCCUUAAGUUUUUCCUCAAGUGCAACCAGAACUGCUUAAAGAAUGCUGGGAACCCAAGAGACAUGAGAAGGUUCCAGGUGGUUGUUUCAACUACGGUGAGCGUGGAGGGACAUGUCCUGGCAGUCUCUGACAACAUGUUCGUCCACAACAACUCCAAACAUGGCCGACGGGCCCGCAGGCUUGACCCUGUGGAGGGAACCCCAUCUUAUCUAGAACACGGAGCAGCUCCCUGUAUUAAAGCCAUCAGUCCCAGCGAGGGGUGGACUACAGGGGGCGCUACAGUCAUCAUCAUAGGUGACAACUUCUUUGAUGGCCUCCAAGUUAUCUUCGGUACCAUGCUGGUUUGGAGCGAGCUGAUAACGCCUCACGCCAUUCGGGUGCAGACACCUCCCAGACACAUUCCUGGGGUUGUAGAGGUCACUCUGUCUUACAAGUCCAAACAGUUCUGCAAAGGCACACCAGGAAGGUUCAUAUACACAGCACUGAAUGAACCAACCAUCGACUACGGUUUUCAGAGGCUUCAUAAGGUUAUCCCUCGGCACCCUGGGGACCCUGAGAGGCUUCCAAAGGAGGUUAUUCUGAAAAGAGCAGCAGACCUGGUGGAAGCCCUCUAUGGAUUGCCUCAUAACAACCAGGAGAUCAUCCUGAAACGAGCAGCGGACAUAGCGGAAGCUCUCUACAGCGUUCCGCGAACACACACCCAGCUCUCCGGCUCAACGCACACAGGCAUGAUGGGAGUGAACUCCUUCACUGGGCAGUUGUCCGUCAACGUCUCAGAACCGUCACAAGCCAAUCAGGGGUUUGUGCGCAGCAGCAGUAGUGUGUCGCCUCACGGUUAUGUGCCGAGUUCCACACCUCAGCAGACCAGCUACACCUCAGUCAGCAGCACCAUGAAUGGCUACGCUAACAACGGUGGCAUGACCAACCUCGGAGGCUCGCCCACUUUCCUCAAUGGAUCUGCAGCCAACUCGCCUUAUGCUAUUGUUCCAUCGAGUCCCACCAUGGCCUCCUCCACCUCUCUACCCUCCAACUGUUCUUCUUCUUCCGGAGUCUUCUCCUUCUCCCCGGCCAACAUGGUGUCAGCGGCCGUUAAACAGAAGUCCGCCUUUGCACCAGUGGUGAGGCCAUCAUCCUCUCCUCCUCCUUCCUGCACUAGUGCCAACGGCAACGGACUUCAAGAUCAAACAUUUGUGGACUCUAGCAAGUACUCAACAGCCGGCUCUCUACAAGGCCUGGCCUUCACCUGAACAAUCCCAGGAAUGAUCGUCCCGCCCAUGUAAAGGUGUGAGCAUGUGGUUUUGUGUGUAUGUGUGUGUUUGUUGGUAUAUAUGAGUCAAGCACACUCUCGCUGAUGCUGCUGGAGGAUUUGCUCCAAGAUGGACUCCGGUUGAGGAUGGAGGCAUCCAUCCAGAUGUGAAGGAACAAAACCAACUCAGGCCAUUUCUAACAAGAAAAAACACAAGGAGAACAGAACAGUUUGUAGAAAUGUUUGUACAAUGUAUUGGUUUUAUAGGAGAAUGGCCACAUCUAAGAUUAUGACUCUCCAUGAUCACAGGAAGAGUGUUAUUAUGGACAGAAUCCACUUCCUCUCUUCAGAGAUUGAUUUUUCUUUUUUUGUGCUACAUGUGAUGACCUUCUUUUCAAUGUAACCUACAUGAGCAGUUUUCUAUUUAUGGAGUUUUGUCUUCAAUGAAGGAAUAUAAUGUGAAGAGGACCUGAUGAUGAUGAAAAGGCAAGACAGUGAUGAAGAGGGCUUCACACAGGGCCUGAUACAGCCAACACAGACAAGCCAAACCUUCACAGACACACCUUCACUUGUGUUUUUUGCCAAAUCCACCCCUUCAUCACUUCCCCAGCUUCAUUGUUUUAGCUGAAGUACUCACAUUCUUCUGCUAAGGUUUCAGUCACUCAGAAAAAUCUAAACGUUUACUUUAAGCUUGCUUCUCAUGCAUCUGCUCUGCGGUUCUCAUGUUACAUAAUCUGAAACAAGUUCAAGAGAAAAUUGGUAUAAACUGACAAUUAAAACACCACAAAUGAAUUUAUCUCCUCAGGGGUGAUCAUGAUUUGCCAACAGCAACUCUGUUUGAUCCAACCCAAUUUCGGUUUUAAAGUCAGACACAGUCAUCUUUGUGAGAAGGAAAACACGUCUUAAAGGACUGCUGCCAUUUUUAUUUAAGUGUUUUGUGUGAAUUAGAUUCUUACUUUUUUUUUUUAAUGUGGUUUGGUUUUGCUGUGUUGUAAGAUCUUUAUGCGGGAUGAAACGGCCAAUAGUGCUCCCUUUGAUGCUUGACCUUUGACCUGGUUUAAUUGGCAGAAGGAGAAAAAUCAGCCAAUGGUGUGUCUUACCUUACAUUCUGCACUGCAAAAAAUGUCAAGCAGAAAAUCUGCCUUUCACAUUUGAAAAACCUUUUUUAAAUACCUGCUUCCGAACUGAGCAGAUAAAAAAAUCCUUAGAAACAGCAUCUGUGAUUUUAAAAGGUUGUGUAAAAACAUUUCCAUUUGAAGAUAUCUAUAUGAUUUAUCUCCUUGCAUUAGUCAAUCCCACCAUGAUGGUGCCAUAAAUUUAGUGAAGAAAAUUAAGGUGUAAGUAAUAAUAUUCAGAAGCAAGAGAGCUGAAUUAAGAAUCACUGCGCAACUCGCUUUCAUUUCUUAUACUGAAGACUCUCUAUUUCUGUUUGUCAAAGAUAUUGUGACACUUUUUCUUAUCUUGUCAUGUUUGCUGGCGUAUCUAAAGAUGCAUUUACUAUAAUAAUUAUACUCUUCAUUUACAUUGUGCUACUUAGUAGGGACAGUGAAGCUAGCUUUUGCAGAGAUGUCACUGUCACACUUCUUUUCAUUCUUAUUGAUCACCUGACCAUCUAGGGAUGAACCGUCAAUGCUGUAAAAGCAGUCUGUUAGGGCCCCUUGGGGUCAAAAAAAUUGAUUGAAGCUUAAGCAUUUUUCAUCGGUGCAAAUAGAGCCUCUGCAUGUUGUGGUGAGAGAUUAAUACAGAUUACCAUCAGGUCAUUGCAGCAUCAUUUGAGUAGAUCUUAGUUUAUAGCAGUGGCACAUUUUAUGUUAAUGUGUUGCCUUUGCAUUGUAAUACUUGUACCACAGAGUUUUCAAUUAAAGAAAAUCUAAAAUCUUUGCCAGCCUGGAUUAGUUUGAGAUCACAUUUCAUAUGCUACAGAUUAAGAUGAAGUUGAGCACAAAGUUGUUUAUACGCCUGGCAGAUUUUGAUUUUAUUCAACCAAGAAAUUUCUGAUAGCUCAAAAGAUGGAAAGCUAAUAAAAUAAUGUACAAAAAGUGUUCAUUUCUCAAAAACAAUAAAUAAGUUCUCUGUUUCAA